CUAGCACGUCGGCGUACUCCUCACAAUGAGCAUGGAGCGUAACGUCAACUUCAACAUCAGCAGCGAAUUCAAGAACUCCCUCCCAAUCAAUAUGUUCAGCAUCAUCAGCCAUAGCUGCACGAUCGCCCUCCUAGCAAUACCCAGUGCCGCCGCUUUUUUCGUUUGUAAAGUUGUUCGAGGUAACUCCUCCUCAGGUUUAGGCGGUCCUCCGUUUCCAGUUUAACUAGCGUACCUUUCUGCCCUUAUGUAAUCAGUCUUCGAACCUCCUCUAUGAGAACAUAUACCCUGCUUCUCGCUCCACUCUCUCGGCUACUAGAGCUAUACUAAACUAGCUUAAAAG